AUGUCAAACCCAACCCCAACCCCAAUCCCAGCCCACACCAUCACCACCCCAUCUCCACCACAAACCCAGCCGUGCACUUGGCCCGGCCUUUCCGCCUACAGCGCCAACUGGGCCUGCGCCAUCAAAAACAACCAGAGAUACCUCGCCGGCGCCCUGGGCCUCCCCACCACCGCCAACCUCUGGGACCUCAUCCACACCGACACCCACCUCGCGCCCGUCCUCCGCAAUUUUAUCUCCGCGAGAGGCACCUGGUUCGGCGCCGACGGGUCCCUCCGCCCCGGCCAGAAGCAGACCUGUUUUCACACGCUCAUGAAGAUCGUGGGCGACCCGACCCAGCACGUGCAUUUUAUUCGUCCUGACACCCCGCCAACCUGGGCGAGCUGCACGGCCCGUAAGAAGUUCACUGCCUAUGCGCUGCUGUGGUGGACAAUGGCGGUGAUGCGCGCGAGACCGCUGCUGUUUCCCGGCACGGAUCUGACACCGGGCGCGGAGCGGGUCGAUGCGUUUGAGGUUUUCAUGGCGGCGAGGCUGCUGAACUACGUUUAUCAUCUUCAGGCUCACUGCGGUGGAUUGGAGAGGCAGGCGAGGCCGAAGAAGGUGGUUCCGGCGGUUGAUCCGGUGAGGAGUGGCUGAGGGUGUAUUGGAGGGGGAGGUGGGUUGGGAUGUUGGGUUCUUUGGUGAGGCGGUUGGAGGACUGGGAGUAGCCAUGGAGGGUAAGCGAGAUGACGAUGGAGAGUGAGGAUGGGGAGGGAUAAGUGACAGGGAGAAUGGCUUUGAGUGUACUUGACAAAAUAAUUCGUGCUUUGUGACCUAGAUUGAAGAAAUGGUAAAUGAGAUGCGAUUCUCUGUUGAGAGUUCUUUGGGC